AUGUUUUCCUUACCAGCAACCUUCGCUAUCGUGACACGACAUUACCGCGAACGACAUUACCGCGAACGACAUUACCGCGAGCGACAUUACCGCGAACGACAUUAUCGCGAACGACGUUACCGCGAACGACGUUAUCGCGAACGACGUUACCGCGAACGACAUUACCGCGAACGACGUUACCGCGAACGACGUUACCGCGAACGACGUUACCG